GCUACUGUAAAAAAGAAAACACACUUUGCGUCACUCUUACAAAACCAUCACCUCCGGUCUGCUGCCGCCGCUCGUGGUGGUUGUUCUACUACUAUCAUCAACAGAUAUACAAUUGUGUUGUAGCUAAUAACCACUUGAUUUUAACUAAAAAUAAGGCAUAAUGAGCACUUGUACGUUUGGAGCAAAUCUACAGAUAUCCAAGAAUGCAAUUAACCCGUCUUGUCAGAAACCGGACAGUUGUUUCUUCAAUGGAAGCACAUGCAAGUUUUGUUACAUUUCUAGAAGAAAUACAUCCUUGUCAUUUGUUUCUAGGAAAGUAGAUGUUAAAAUGUCUAUAAGAAAUGGGAUAUCGUGUUCGGCUAGUGGUAGUAAAGACGGGCUUACGUAUAAGGAUGCUGGUGUUGACAUAGACGCCGGGUCAGAGCUUGUUCGGAGGAUUGCGAAGAUGGCACCCGGGAUUGGUGGCUUUGGCGGGCUGUUUCCGCAUGGGGAUUCGUAUCUUGUAGCUGGUACAGAUGGUGUUGGAACUAAACUUAAGCUGGCAUUUGAGACUGGGAUUCAUGACACAAUCGGUAUUGAUCUGGUUGCAAUGAGUGUCAAUGACAUUAUUACAUCUGGAGCAAAGCCUCUAUUCUUUCUUGAUUACUAUGCUACUAGCCGCCUUGACGUUGAUCUUGCUGAAAAGGUUAUUAAAGGAAUUGUUGAUGGUUGCCAACAAUCCGAUUGUGCUCUUCUGGGUGGAGAGACUGCAGAGAUGCCAGAUUUUUAUGCCAACGGUGAAUAUGAUCUCAGUGGUUUUGCAGUUGGCAUCGUGAAGAAAGAAUCAGUUAUAAACGGAAAGAAUAUCUCGGUGGGAGAUGUGCUCAUUGGCCUGCCAUCCAGCGGAGUUCAUUCAAAUGGUUUUUCUCUUGUUCGAAGGGUGCUGGCAAGAAGCGGACUCUCAUUAAAGGACAAACUCCCUGGUGAAUCUGUUACGUUAGGUGAAGCUUUGAUGGCUCCAACUGUAAUAUACGUGAAACAGGUGCUGGAUAUAAUCAGCAAGGGAGGCAUAAAAGGAAUCGCCCACAUCACUGGUGGUGGCUUUACAGAUAAUAUCCCACGUGUUUUUCCUGAAGGACAUGGUGCUCUUAUUUACAAUAACUCUUGGCCGGUCCCUCCCGUUUUCAAAUGGAUUCAAAAGGCUGGAAGUAUUGAAGACAGUGAAAUGAAAAGGACGUUUAAUAUGGGAAUCGGGAUGGUUCUUGUUGCAAGUAAAGAGGCUGCCGAAAGAAUUCUUAAUGAAGGUGAGACAGCAUACCGUAUUGGUGAAGUGGUAAGUGGUGAGGGCGUAAGUUAUCAAUAAUGGGCAAUUAACGAGUUGCUUAUCAUGAUCCUCUUAUGGGUGAGAUCCACUAACAUAUAAAUCUGCGGCAUUUCUUUCUACUCGAAUUACUUUUUUAGCAUUGUACCUUCUAAUUACCGAGACGGAAAUAAAUGUUUCAUGAGAAAUUUUGUGACUUGCAUAAAACUAGGUUGUGUAUUUAAGCUUUUUGAGACUGAUGUAUUGUAUCAUCAACGUUCGCAUAAUCCCUGGAUCCCUAUACUGUGUAACAGAAAACAGAUUAUAAGUGGUAAAUUGAGUAAGUUAUCAUCCA